GCCAAUCAGCUCACGCGCCCCCUUCCCUCUAUGCCUGUCCGUGGCCGACAGUGUUGUUCAGUUGUGUUGCAAUUACAGCUGCUCUCCAGCUUCACGCAAGAGAAAUACGUUAAUCUGAAUUAACGGGCUGCAUCUGCGAAAUGUCUCUUCAGGGAGACUUUGAGAAGUUGGCAGAGGACGUGAAGAAUGUGAAGACGAAGCCUUCAGACCAGGAGCUGCUGGACUUGUAUGGCCUUUAUAAGCAGGCACUUGUUGGAGACGUUAACACCGAUAGACCAGGAAUAUUCGACUUUAAAGGGAAAGUCAAGUGGGAUGCCUGGGACUCCAGGAAAGGAAUGUCCAAGGAUGACGCCAUGUCGGCCUACAUUACACUUGCAAAGGAAGUGAUCAGCAAAUACGGGAUAUAAGACUUAUACUAAACUUGAGCAGUAGAAUUGUUGCACAAAUGUCCACAGAUUACUAAUUUAAUUACUAAAACAGUGCAGCUGCUUAUAUAACAAUGAGCCUUCUGUCUUCAGAGGCCAUAAUAUGCAGGAUAUAGUGUUAUUUUAAAUUGUCCUUGCUUUAACUUUUUACACAGCUUUCCUCAUUACUUUAGUGACUGAGCACCAUUAUGUAAAAUUAAAACUAUUAAAUAUAGAUUUGCCAUUUUAUCUAAUUUACUAACUGUAAUCCAUAUGUGCACAGCAAUAUACUGUAUACUUGUGUGCUUUAAUAUGUAGUUUACAUUUAAAUCUGAACAGGACAAACUAAAUGCUGUCAAAUGUGAACAUACUAACUGCAUACAUUUUGAAAAUAAAACCUUUCUACACGGUG